GUAACGAUUGAAACAUUUUGAACGAUUUCGUUGAAACUCAUUACAUCAACUUUUCGGGAAACAGUUCUGGCAUAAAUUUCACUCGAACAGGUGAUCGAGUAACAGGUAAACGAGAUUGAGAUAGCCUAAUAGGUAUGUACUGAAAAUUUUUAGCUCUUGAGAUUACAUAAUUAUUACUGGUGCUUCAAGCUUGCCUUUUUCUUGAAAAAUUUAUCAUUAAACAGUACCUACGUUCUUAUUUUUCAGCAUAAUAAUUCUAAAAAGACGGUUUCUAUUUUAAAAAUCUAAAAUUAAUUCCGCGUAGAUUCUACGAAAUUAAAUAUGUAUGUAUCUAUCAAUCUGAAGAAUAUGAUCCCGUUCCCUCUCUGUAAAUAAUGAAUCACAUAAUUACGAGCAGACGAGCUAAAUGCAACAAAAAUGAAAAAGUGAGCUGAUUGCACUGUGAAACGGUAGCCAAGAUAUGAACCGUUCAGAUAACGCAGACGAAGUCUUAUCGCUGAUUUCCUUGAUAUAUCUUUUCGAAUGUAUAUAAUAUUUCUAUUGUUGCUGUACGAGCUUCGAAGAGGAUCAGUAUUGAUACCUAAUGCCUCGAAAUGAGUAACGUAUGUGGUUCGUGAUUACUACGAGAAUUUCCGUUUUGUUCAGCCUCAGUGUUUUAUCGUGAAGGUCAUAGGUAGCUGAAUGAUUCGUUACCUGUAAAAGUUUGAUAACAAUACAAAAUGAGUUCUCCAGCUAUCGGUAUAGAUUUGGGUACUACGUACUCGUGCGUCGCUGUUCUCCAGCAUGGAAAAAUUGAAAUUAUCGUCAACGAUCAAGGUAACAGAACAACGCCAAGUUACGUGGCAUUUUCCGAUGAAGAAAUUUUAAUAGGAGAGGCUGCGAAAAAUCAAGCAGCCAGGAAUGUGAAAAAUACCAUUUUCGAUGUUAAACGAUUGAUUGGCCGAGAAUUUAAUGAUGCUACUGUACAAGCCGAUAUGAAGCACUGGUCUUUUGGAGUCAUUCAUUAUGAGAACAAACCAAAAAUCCAAGUUCAAUUUCAAGGCACUUAUAAAACGUAUUUUCCUGAAGAGAUAUCCGCAAUGGUAUUACAAAAAAUGAAAGCGACCGCUGAAGCGUAUUUGGGUAAAACAGUCAAGAAUGCAGUUAUCACCGUACCAGCUUAUUUCAACGAUUCUCAAAGACAGGCUACUAAAGAUGCCGGUACCAUCAGCGGUCUGAAUGUAUUGCGUAUUAUUAAUGAACCUACUGCUGCUGGUUUCGCUUACGGUUUAGAAAAUAAAAAUUCUGCCAAGCAAACGGUUUUAAUUUUCGAUGUCGGUGGAGGAACCUUCGACGUAUCCAUUUUAGCCAUCCAAAACGGUGUAUUCGAAGUUGUUUCAACCGCCGGUGAUACUCACUUGGGAGGCGAAGAUUUCGACAACCGAAUGCUUCAGCAUUUUGUUCAAGAAUUUAAAUGUAAGCACAGGAAAGAUAUCAGUCAGAACUGGAGAGCUCUACGUCGCCUGAGAACCGUCUGCGAAUUAGCAAAGAGAACUUUAUCAUCGUCUAAGAUGGCCAGAAUCGAAGUCGAUUCUCUCUGCGAUGGGAUUGAUUUCCAUAGUCAAAUCUCUCGUGCUCGUUUUGAAGAAUUGAACAUUGAUUUCUUUCAAAAGGCAAUGGCCCUUGUUGAAAAAGCAAUUCAAGAUGCCAAUAUCAAUAAAACUCAGAUCGAUCAAGUAAUCUUAGUAGGCGGAUCAUCUCGAAUCCCAAAAAUACAAAACAUGUUGCAAGCUUUAUUCGUGGGAAAGACAUUGAACAAAUCUGUCAAUCCGGAUGAAGCUGUAGCCUACGGAGCCGCCGUUCAAGCUGCCAUACUUAACGGCGACAAAUCGAACAUCGUGCGGGAUUUAGUGUUGAAAGACGUUACGCCAUUGUCGUUAGGUAUUUGUGUGGGAUAUGAACGUAAAAUGUCAGUGGUUAUCAAACGUAAUACAGCCAUUCCGGCCAAAGUGACCCAACCUUUCACCACAGGUGUGGAUUAUCAAAUUGUAAUGCUUUUCAAAGUAUUCGAAGGAGAAUACACUGAAACGGAGAAUAACCAUUUGCUUGGCGAAUUCAGGCUUGUGAAUGUGCCUUCUGCUCCUGCCGGUGUAACAAUAGCCGAUGUGACAUUUGACAUCGAUUCCAACGGUAUUUUAAACGUAACCGCUGUCGAAAGAUCUACCCGUAAUUCCAAUCGAAUUACCAUUAAGCGGGAUACAGGUCGUCUUACUCAGGAGCAAAUUUACCAUAUGGUUCAAGACGCUGAAAGAUGUUUGGAGACCAUGGUGCUGUGAAAGGCAUACAUUGAAUUUUAACUUUUGUAAUCAUAUUUCGUAAAGUUGUUCAAUUAUGUAAACUGCUUAUGUUGAUUUAAUUUCCUUUGGAAGGAUCUAGCGAUGAUUUAAAAAAAUUAUCGAAUUAUGUGAUUACUUAAGGAUUUUCAUUUUUUUAGGUCAAUAAGUAUUUUGUUCAAGAGUUAUUAUUUUUUGUUACGUACGUGAUAUUUAUACCUGUGAGUUGAUUUUUUCCUCCUGUGAUUAUUCUAUAGUCUUAAAUUGAUUUCAUUAUGAAUGAAAUAUACACCUAAUUAUUCGUUCUCAUUGUAAAA